AUGUUUCAAUCGAUGACUAUUUCAUCUAAAGUAGAAACCUUACAACGAGAAAUUGAUUCUUUGAAAGAGUCAAUAAACGAAAUAAGGGAUUUUUGUCAUACUGUGAUAAAUGAUAACAGUCAAAUACAAAGGGAAAAGUUUAAUAUUGUAGAAAAUAAAAAAAAUAGCCAAAUUGAAGAAUUAGAAAAUACGUGCAAUAGACGAUUUGAAGAAUUAGAAAAUACGUGCAACAGCCAAAUUGAAGAAUUAGAAAAUACAUACAAGAACCAAAUUGAAGAAUUAAAAAUUGUGAAUAAUAACCGAAUUAAUAAAUUAGAAAGUCAAAUAGAAAAAUGUGUUUCUACACAAAAGUUAUAUUCACAAAACAAAAUUAUUGAAGACAUAAAUAAGAUUAUAGAAGAAACAACAAUGUCAAAUGGAUCAAAUGAAAUGGCUACUACUAAAGCAAUAGAAACAAUGAUAGAAAAAUUAAAAAAUGAAAAUAAACAAUUAUCUAUUCAGAUGAAUGAAAAUACAAGUCGAAUUGAAACAAAUGAAACAAAUAUUUUCAUACAUGAAAUAGUGAUAAAAGAUAUUUUAAAGAAUAUUCAAAUACAAGAUGCAAAUAAAUCAUUGAUUAAAGAAUUGAUAGAAGAAAAAAUGAAGCAAGAAAAUUUAAUGGUCAUGUAUAAAGAACAAGAGUUACAUCAAGAAAAAGAAAAAUUAGAUAACAAAAGUUCCAAUUUAAUUGAAAUAACAAAUGAAGUAGAAAAUACCCAAAAAACUUAUAAUUCAACAGAAAAACAACCUGAAGUACCUUUAGUUGAAUCUGAAGUUCAACAACUUGAAGAAUGGACAAAUAGAAAAGAGGAAAUAUAUUAUUUGAUUCAAAUAGAUACAUCAGUAUUUGAUCAAAGAAUAAAGAUUGAUACAUCAAUCUUUGGAGAAAGAAUAAUGAUGAAUAAAGCACAUAUAAUAAUUAUUAUUGAAGAUACAGAAGGAAAUAAAUUUGGAGGAUAUAUUAAUUCUAAAAUUGAUAACAGUAUUCAUGGUUAUAUAAAUGAUUCAAAAUCAUUUGUGAAAGUUAUAUAA